CGGAGACUCCCGCUGCCCUGCCGUACUAGUGUUUCGACUAUGGCGUGGAAGCAACCCAAUUCUGCUUACGCGCAGUAGUUACUGUUAUGCUAAUGAUAUUCAGUGAUGAACGUUUUCAUCCAAUCUAUGAACACAAGACAAAAUGGUUUUAGAAACACUUCAAAAGAGUCGUUUGGUGGAUGGAGAUGCUGAAGUAAGUCUUCAAAAGCAAGGCGACAAACUCCCUUGUCAAAUUUUGAAUGGAAGAUGUGGAAAAUCAGGCUCUGAUAGAAACAGUGCUAGGCCUUGUUUAGACGAUAACUGUGGAGAAGAUAAUACAGGCGUAACUUCUUAUAGAGAUGUACCAAGCAGCUUAAAUAUAGAUAUGCAACCUGAUACUUCACGUAAGAAGUCGAGGCAGCAGAGAGAAAUGACCUUCCAAGAUAUGAUUAACAACUGGGACAUCUUCGAGGAUGAUGAUGAGGAUGACGAUGAUGAUAGUGACUGGGAACCGCUGCAGAAACUCAGGGAAAUAAUGAAGUGGUUUUGUACCAAUUGUACCAUGGCCAACCUUGAUGUUGCUGCACACUGUGACUCAUGUGGAGAACACAGAGAAUCUGGAAUACUGAAGCAUGGGUUUUUUGCUUCUCCAACUUUACAAGAUUCAAAUUCAUUAGAGGCCGAGCUUGAAACUAAAAAAACCGGUAAAGGCAUGGUUUCACAAGUAUCACUGCCAUCUAAUAGUUCCACCGCAAUUGGAUUUGAUGAGAGAAUGUUGCUGCACUCAGAAGUUGAAAUGAAGUCACACCCACAUCCAGAAAGACCGGAUCGUUUGAGAGCUAUUGCUGCUAGCUUGUCUACAGCUGGAAUUUUUCCUGGAAGAUGCUAUCCAAUCCCGGCAAGAGAAAUUACCAAAGAAGAACUUGAGAGGGUUCAUUCCCUGGAGAAUAUUCAAGCUGUUGAGGUUACACGCAAUGUUAUUUCUUGUUAUUUCACUCCUGACACAUACGCAAAUAAGCAUUCAGCACAGGCUGCUAGGCUUGCAGCCGGUUUAUGUGCUGAUCUUGCUUCAGAAAUUGUUUCUGGUCGUGCCAAAAAUGGUUUUGCUCUGGUUCGUCCUCCUGGUCACCAUGCAGGUGUUAAACAAGCCAUGGGGUUUUGCCUUCACAACAAUGCGGCAGUUUCUGCAUUGGCUGCUCAGGCUGCUGGUGCCAAGAAAGUGCUAAUAGUUGAUUGGGAUGUUCACCAUGGAAAUGGAACGCAGGAAAUAUUUGAGCAAAAUAAAUCGGUCUUGUAUAUAUCUUUACAUAGACAUGAGUUAGGGAGGUUCUAUCCUGGAACUGGAGCUGCUGAUGAGGUGGGCACAAUGGGAGCAGAAGGAUAUUGUGUGAAUGUCCCUUGGAGUCAGUCGGGAGUUGGUGAUAAUGAUUACAUUUUUGCAUUUAAGCAAGUUGUGCUUCCAAUAGCUUCUGCUUUUACCCCUGAUCUCACUAUCAUAUCAGCAGGAUUUGAUGCUGCAAGGGGGGAUCCAUUGGGAAUGUGUGACGUAACUCCUGCUGGGUAUGCACACAUGACUCACUUGUUGAAUAUUGUCUCUGGUGGGAAGUUGCUUGUUAUUCUUGAAGGCGGCUACAAUCUUCGUUCCAUAUCAUCUUCAGCUACAGCAGUAAUCAAGGUAUUGCUGGGUGAAAGUCCUGGAUGUGAUUUGGACGAUCGUUUACCCUCCAGAGCUGGGAUGAAAACUGUACUAGACGUGCUUAAGAUUCAAAAGAAUUUCUGGCCCGUGCUGGAAUCUAGCUUUUCAAAAUUACAGUCACAGUGGGAGACAUAUGAUACUGAAAGAAGAAAACCACGUAAGAAGAGAAGACACGCUGCUGUGGCUCCAAGAUGUUGGCGAUGGGGACGGAAGAGGCUAUUGUAUCAUCUACUAAACGGGCGACUUCGUGUAAGAUCAAAGGGAUGCUAACUUGUGCUUUCAUUUUCAUCCACCUGCAUCAUUCCUCAUAAUUUUGUGCAUUUUUGUAUGCCCUUUAGUAUCAGUCUCAGGGUUCCCUAGAUAUUCUUGGCUCUUGUUAUUGCUUAAUCGCACACUUCUGAUAGGAGUUGGCUGCUGAAAGCUUAAUAUUUAUGUAAUGCUCAGAAAAUGCAACUUCAUCCUUUUUAUUGUCUC